CAAAACAAAAAUGUCGAACUUUAAGCGUUUGAAAAUUUAAACAUUAUCAAUAUUUUGUUCUUUUAUUCUAUUAAACUUUAUAUAAUUACACACGACAAUACUUUUAAGUUUCAAAAGAAAACUUUCAGCUUCUGUAUCUAAUAAAUGUAAAGUAUGGUUGAGGCUCACAGUAUUAACGCGGAGCACAAAGACUUAAUACACGAUGUUGCAUUUGACUACUAUGGAGAAAGAAUGGCGACAUGUUCUACUGAUCAAUUUGUUAAAGUUUGGGAUCAAGAUGAACAAGGUAAUUGGAAUUUGACAGCUAGUUGGAAGGCCCAUAGUGGAUCUGUUUGGAAAGUAACUUGGGCACAUCCAGAAUUUGGUCAAGUAAUAGCAACAUGUUCCUUUGAUCGUACAGCAGCUAUUUGGGAAGAAGUAUUGGGUGAAAAUAAUGAACAUGGAACAUUAUUACGAAAUUGGGCACGUAGAGCAAACUUGGUCGAUUCCCGCACAUCUGUAACUGAUGUUAAGUUUGGCCCAAAAUCUUUUGGAUUAAUUUUAGCAACUUGCUCAGCUGAUGGAGUUUUGCGAAUUUACGAAGCUCCCGAUGCAAUGAAUCUUGCUCAAUGGCCAUUACAACAUGAAGUAUCAUUAAAAGUGCCUAGUAGUUGUCUCACAUGGAAUCCUUUAUUAUCUACUUUUAGAAUGCCGAACGCAAUGAUAGCAGUUGGCAGUGAUGAUAAUUCCAAUACUACAAACAGUAAAGUAUUUAUAUGUGAAUAUAAUGAAGUAUCUCGUCGAUGGGCUAAAACAGAAUCUGUAAAUACUGUAGCUCAUCCAGUACAUGAUAUGAUAUUUGCACCUAAUAUGGGACGGUCGUUUUAUUUGUUAGCAAUUGCUACAAAUAAUGUUCGUAUAUUAAAACUUAAACCAAUUGUUGAUGCUACUAGUGGUUUUCCUUAUACUAUUGAAACCGCAGCUCAAUUUAAUGAUCAUUUUUGUACAGUCUGGCGUGUUGCAUGGAAUAUAACGGGUACUGUUUUAGCAUCAUCUGGUGAUGAUGGAUGUGUGAGACUUUGGAAAUCUACUGUAGACACUUGGAAGUGUGUCGGAGUGUUAAAACGUGAUGGAAAAUUGCCUCAGCCGCAGUCAAAAAAGACCCAAUCAACUGCUCAAAACAAUUUAACUAGGUUCUUUAAACUUGGUCAAAUAACUCACCCUAGUGAAGUACAUUGGCAUUAAUGAUUUAUUAUUAUUACUUAUUUAUCUUUUGUUUAUUCAUUAUAAUAUUAAAUAUGAUAUAGUUUCAUAUUUCCAAGUAAAAGAGUUACAAUAA